GCCAGCCCAGGCCUGUUGGCACCGACUGGCCCAGGCGCGCCCCGGUGGCCUCCACCUUCUGGGGUGAGCCUCAAAGAGUAAGUGGAUUAUUCCUCUGUCAGCAGACUGUGCUUGUAAAACACCCGUGGCUCUUCCUCCCCUGGAUCCAACCCGGGCUCCUCCUCAAGGUGUUUGCCAUGCCGCUUGUCUCUUCCCUGGCCGGCUGUCCUGAGAUGGACGCGGAGGACGAGCCUCUGUUGCAAGACGCGUGGCUGGAUGAGGAAAGGGAGCAGGAGGAAGAUGAGGAGGAGGAAGAAGAGGAAGUGGAGGAGGGAGAGACGGCCGCAGAGACCUGCCGCAGGCCCCAGAAGGGCGGGUGGGGCCCCAAGCUGUGUGGGCCCUGUGGCCAGAGGCCCCAGACUCCACCCCCCCGGCCACCGGCCUCAGGCUUCUGGAGCACCCUGGGCUGGGCCUUCACCAACCCCUACUGUGCCAGCCUGGUGUUGUUCCUGGGCUGUGCCGUGCCCACGGCCCUGGCCGCCCUGAUGUUCCUGCGCUACCCGGCCCUGGACAUCGACAUCUCCUACAACGCCUUUGAGAUCCGCAACCAUGAGGCCUCGCAGCGAUUUGACGCCCUGGCCCUGGCUCUCAAGUCCCAGUUUGGCUCGUGGGGGCGGAACCGGCGAGAUCUAGCAGACUUUACUUCCGAGACCCUCCAGCGGCUCAUCACUGAGCAACUGCAGCAACUCCGCCUGGGCAACGCUUCCCGGCUGGGCAGCAGCUCCCGGCUCCGGCGCGGGGUCCCCACCUCUGAUCCUGGGGGGCUGCUCCAGCCGGAAGCCUGGGCCUCCGAUACAGUGAAGGAUGACAGGCAGGCCACCCCUGCCCCCCGAGGGUUCUCGGCCAAUCAGAGCAGACUCUCCUGGGCCAUGACAGUGCCCUUUCCAGGACGCGAACUGGCCAACAGGAGAGGGUGCCACCCCCGCUGUGAGGGUCCCCCCUACAGAAGUUGGACGGUGAAUCGGAGCAGGCGCCUCCGACGGGGUGCCUCUCGGUGGGACUACUCCCGAGCCUACGUGAGCGCCAACACCCAGGCUCAUGCCCACUGGCGCAUUGAGCUCAUCUUCCUGGCCAGAGGAGAUACUGAGAAGAACAUCUUCACCACGGAGAGGCUGGUCACCAUCCACGAUAUCGAGCGGAAGAUCAUGGACCACCCUGGCUUCCGUGAGUUCUGCUGGAAGCCCCACGAGGUCCUCAAGGACCUGCCCCUGGGAUCCUACUCUUAUUGCUCCCCACCCAGUUCCCUCAUGACCUACUUCUUCCCCACUGAGAGGGGUGGCAAGAUCUACUAUGACGGGAUGGGGCAGGAUCUGGCCGACAUCCGAGGGUCCCUGGAGUUGGCCAUGACCCACCCGGAGUUCUACUGGUAUGUGGAUGAGGGGUUGUCGGCAGAGAACAUGAAGAGCUCCCUCCUGCGCAGUGAGAUCCUCUUUGGGGCACCCCUCCCCAACUACUAUUCGGUGGAGGAUCGCUGGGAGGAACAGCGCACCAAAUUCCAGAGCUUUGUGGUCACCUACGUAGCCAUGCUAGCCAAGCAGUCCACCAGCAAAGUCCAGGUGUUGUAUGGGGGAACUGAUCUGUUUGAUUAUGAGGUGAGGAGGACCUUCAACAAUGACAUGCUGUUGGCCUUCAUCAGCAGUAGCUGCAUCGCUGCCCUUGUCUACAUCCUCACCUCCUGCUCAGUGUUCCUGUCAUUCUUUGGGAUCGCCAGCAUUGGGCUGAGCUGCCUGGUGGCCCUCUUCCUCUACCAUGUCGUGUUUGGAAUCCAGUACCUGGGCAUCCUCAACGGGGUGGCUGCCUUCGUCAUCGUAGGGAUCGGGGUGGAUGAUGUCUUCGUCUUCAUCAACACAUACCGCCAGGCCACCCACCUGAAAGACCCCCAGUUGCGCAUGAUCCACACCAUCCAGACAGCCGGCAAGGCCACCUUCUUCACGUCCCUGACCACGGCUGCCGCCUACGCUGCUAACAUCUUCUCCCAGAUCCCGGCUGUCCACGACUUUGGCCUCUUUAUGUCCCUCAUUGUGUCCUGUUGCUGGUUGGCGGUGUUGUUCACCAUGCCUGCGGCCCUGGGCAUCUGGAACCUAUACGUGUCCCCACUGGAGAGCUCCUGCCAGGCUAGCUGCCAGCACACAUGCGGCAAGAAGAGCUCCCUCCAUCUGGCUGAAGAUGUGUUCCUCACCUGGGACACCCCGGGAGGGUCCUCUCAGAGCUCAAUGCCCUACCUAGAUGAUGACAUCCCUUUGCUGAGCGUGGAGGAAGAGCCAGCGUCUCUGGAGGUGGGCGACGUGCCCCUGGUGUCCGUGCUUCCCGAGAACCUGCAGCAGCCCCCUGAGCGGGGUGGCCGGGGCCAGCUGAUCAGCCAGCUGCAGGAGCUGCUCCACCAGUGGGUGCUGUGGGCUGCAGUGAAGAGCCGCUGGGUGAUCGUCGGGCUGUUUAUCACCAUCCUCAUCCUGUCGCUGUUCUUUGCCAGCCGGCUCCGCCCAGCGAGCCGAGCCCCUCUCCUCUUCCGUCCAGACACUAACAUCCAGGUGCUGCUGGAUCUGAAGUACAACCUGAGUGCUGAGGGCAUCUCAUGUGUCACCUGCUCAGGUCUGUUUCAGGAGAAGCCCCACAAUCUGCAGAACAACAUCAGGACUUCACUGGAGAAGAAGAAGCGGGGUUCCGGUGUGCCCUGGGGCAGCCGGAGUGAGGAUGCCCAGCAGGACCCUCAGGGUACCGUGUACAUCUCUAAGGCCAAAGGUCACGGCAGACCAGCCAUUUACAGGUUCUCUCUCAACGCCAGCCUGCCCACACCGUGGCAGACGGUAUCCCCGGGGGAAGGAGAGGUGCCCUCCUUUCAGGUGUAUAGAGUGCCUUUCGCUAACUUCACCAAGAAGCUGACCGCUUGUGUGUCUACAGUAGGGCUGCUCCAGCAGACGAACCAGCUCCAGUGGAUGAUGACCUCUCUCUCCUGCGAUACCAAGAGGGGCUGGAAGUUCGACUUCAGUUUCUACGUGGCGGCCAAGGAGCAGCAGCGAACCCGGAAGCUGUACUUUGCUCAAUCCCACAAGCCUCCUUUCCACGGGCGGGUGUGCGUGGCACCUCCUGGCUGCCUGCUGAGCUCCAGCCCAGACGGACCCAAUAAAGGCUUCCUCUAUGUGCCCAGUGAGAAAGCCCCCAAAGUUCGACUGUCUGCCACCUACGGCUUCAACCCCUGUGUGAACACGGGUUGCGGGAAGCCAGCGGUGCGGCCACUGGUGGAUACGGGUGCCAUGGUCUUCGUGGUCUUCGGCAUCCUUGGAGUCAAUCGCACCUGGAGCUCAGACAACCACGUCAUCGGAGACAUGGGCAGCGUUAUCUAUGAUGACUCCUUUGACCUCUUCAAAGAGAUUGGUCACCUCUGCCGCCUCUGCAAGGCCAUUGCCAGCAAUGAGGAGCUGGUGAAGCCUGGUGGAGCCCAGUGUCUGCCCUCAGGUUACAGCAUCUCCUCCUUUCUGCAGAUGUUGCACCCUGAAUGCAAGAACAUCCCCGAGCCCAACCUGCUCCCGGGGCAGCUGUCCCACGGGGCCGUGGGCGUGAAGGAGGGCAAAGUUCAGUGGAUCUCUAUGGCCUUUGAGUCGACCACUUACAAGGGGAAGUCUUCCUUCCAGACGUACACUGACUACCUCCGGUGGGAGGGUUUCCUUCAGCAGCAGCUGCGGCUCUUUCCCGAGGGCUCAGUCCUGCGCCGAGGCUUCCAGACCUGUGAACACUGGAAGCAGAUCUUCAUGGAGAUCAUAGGUGUGCAGAGUGCUCUGUAUGGCCUGGUCCUCUCCCUGGUCAUCUGUGUGGCUGCAGUUGCCGUCUUCACAACCCACAUCCUGCUUCUGCUGCCAGUGCUGCUCAGCAUCUUGGGAAUUGUCUGUCUUGUGGUGACCAUCAUGUACUGGUCUGGCUGGGAAAUGGGGGCCGUGGAAGCCAUUUCCCUCUCCAUCCUCGUUGGUUCUUCGGUCGAUUACUGCGUCCACCUGGUGGAGGGCUACCUGCUGGCUGGUGAGAAUCUUCCCCUCCAGCAGACAGAGGACCCAAGCUCCUGCCGCCAGUGGCGGACCCUGGAAGCCAUCCGGCACGUGGGGGUGGCCAUUGUCUCAAGUGCGGUCACCACCGUCAUUGCCACAGUGCCCCUCUUCUUCUGUAUCAUCGCCCCCUUCGCCAAGUUUGGGAAGAUCGUGGCCCUCAACACGGGCGUCUCCAUCGUGUACACGUUGACGGUCAGCACGGCCCUGCUGGGCCUCAUGGGCCCUGCCACCUUCAUCCGCACCAGGACUUCCUUCCUCAAGGCCCUGGGGGCAGUUCUGUUGACUGGAGUCCUGGGACUGGUGAUCUGCCUGGCCUUCCUGCAGAGUGGCUACAAAAUCCCCCUCCCCAAUGGGACCACCCUAUAGUCCUGGGCCUCUGACCACUUCUAUUUUUUUUUUAAUGAGGGAAAUUUUUUGUAAACUUUUCCGAGGGAUGGGGGUAUGUCGGGAAGAGAGAAAAGAGUCUAAUUUCAACUCUGGGGCCCUUUGUUUUUCAGCUGGCCUCAAACGGUAUUUAUUGAUUGAGCUGGGGAUCACUCCCUCCGGCCCACUGGCGGGUCGGGCGUUUUGAGGACGAACGAAGCUGGUGAACUCGGAGCUUCUUGCUGGGGGAAGGGGCUUGGUCCGGGGGGCCGUAGGAAGCCACGCCAGCCAUGGACUUAUUGAUCUCGCCCAGCAGCUGGGAUUAAAAGGAGCCCCAGGUUAGGCUUACUGGAGGGGGGCAGGGGCAAGCUGCAUUGCAAGCACAUACUCAGUCUCCCACUCUACCCUCCAGAGCACAGAGAGGUCAAGGGCAGAUUGAGGACUGAUGAGCUUAGGGUGGAUUGGGCUCUGCCGACUUUCCUAUGCCCUCAUCCCCAUCUGCCCAGAAGCCCUGUGGUUUGCAGCUUGUCUUACACAGAGGGGGAAUACCCCUCCCCUCCUCCUACCUCUGUGAAGAAGGGCAGGGAGUCCCCCAGACCCUGGCACCUCUGAGCCUCAGGCUUCCGCCAAUGGGCUGGCACUCCCAUGCCUCAUGUCUGCUCCCUUCCCGAUCUCGUCUCGACAUGUGUUCGUCUCCCCACACAGGCCCCCGCAAAGCUGGUGCCCUUCCCUCUUGGUCCUCGUGCCCAGGCUCUCCCUGCAGCCAGAUGUGCCAGGAAGGCAAGGGGCGUGAGGUGGGUGGGAGCAGCCUCCUCCAAAGGAGCCGAGUGGACACCCCUGCCAGCUCGGAGCAGAUGGUUUCUAUUAAAGUGAAAUGAAACUGCAAAGC